AGCGGUGUGGGGCGGUGCGUGGCGCGCGGUGAGUGCGGGGUCGGGCCGGGGGAAAUCCAGCAGCCGCAGGGCCGCAAACCUGCCCUGGGCCCUGUCACUCGAGGCGCUUGCAGGAGCUGGCCCUUUCUCUGCCUGUGUCUGUUGUUCAAUCCCCGGUGCUGCCCGCUGCAGCCGUUCAGUCCCUGGCACUGCCCGGUGCUGAGCUGUGAGGAGCCGAUGAGCAGCCCGUCCCCUCUUCUCCCUGCCCAGGUUUCUGCAGCGUGUGACUGGUAGGAGCGGUUGGACCGCAAGGGCCCGCCUGCCCCCCGCCAUGGUGCCUGAGAAGGACGUAGAGGCCAUUGGCAGGACGCUGGUGGAUGCCGCACAGCCCCUGAAGGCUCGUUUCCGAGCCCUCUUCACCCUGCGCAACUUAGGGGGUCAUGCAGCCAUUGACUGGAUCAGCCGGGGUUUCGGGGACGAGUCUGCCCUCCUGAAGCAUGAGCUGGCCUACUGCCUGGGACAAAUGCAGGACGAGCGUGCCAUCCCUGUCCUGAUCCAGGUGUUGAAGGACACCAGCCAGGAGCCCAUGGUCAGGCAUGAAGCAGGUGAAGCCUUGGGAGCUAUUGGAAAUCCUGAUGUGCUGGAUGUUCUGAAACAUUAUUCUGAAGACCCAGUUGUCGAGGUAGCAGAGACAUGCCAGCUUGCAGUUAAGAGGCUUGAAUGGCUGCAGAAGAACAAGGAAGCCCCAGGCACCAGUCCCUACCUGUCUGUGGACCCUGCUCCCCCUGCUGAGGAGGAGGACAUUGCCAAGCUGCGAAACACCCUCCUGGAUGAGUCGUGCCCACUGUUCGAUCGCUAUCGGGCCAUGUUUGCCCUGAGAAACAUGGGGGGCGAGGCUGCUGUGCUGGCGCUGGCAGAUGGCCUGAAGUGCAGCAGCGCCCUCUUCCGACAUGAGAUCGGCUACGUCCUAGGGCAAAUGCAGCAUGAGGCCUGUGUCCCCCAGCUGACCGCUGCGCUGGAAAGAGUAGAGGAGAACCCCAUGGUGCGUCACGAGUGUGCUGAGGCACUGGGAUCCAUCGCCCAGGCAUCCUGCCUGGAGACCCUGCGGGCUUACGCCCAGGACAAGGAGCGGGUGGUGCGGGAGAGCUGUGAGGUGGCUCUGGACAUGUACAACUAUGAGAACAGCACAGAGUUCCAGUAUGCGGAUGGGCUAAGCAAGCUUCAGGCCUCCAGCUAAGCAGGGGUUUCUGCCUCUGUGGGUCCGUGCGCCUGCAGAAGGCAGUGGCUGGAAUGGGUAAACCCAGGGCCUGGUUUCACCCCUGCACAGCCAUUUACACCACAGAAAACUGGGUGUGAUGCCAGAUCCAGCUGGUCACUCUGCCCUGUGUAAAUAAUGGCAGCACAUGGUGCAGAGCAGUGGAGUUCCAGGCAUCAGCCACUACUGCUAACUUAUUAUAUCUUGUUUGUUUUAGUCUAAGGGAUGGGCCAGGCUCCAGAUCCGAGCCCGGGGGUGCCAGGGUUCUGGACAGAGCUUCAGCCUGCUAGCACCUAGCAGUAGCAUACUGCUCUGUAUUAGCUCAGUAUACAGACAAGGCAGGAGCUCCAGGCAGGGCACGGAUCGAUCCUGUGCUUGUUUCAAGGGGGCGCUGCUCUUUGAAGGUGCUGGUUUGUGUGUCACAGGAGUUGUUCCAGGGGUCUGUUCUUUGCCUCAAGGUUGUCUGGAACUCUACGCCAUCAGGGAUUCAUCCUUACAGAG